GAAAAGAUCUCGGAGAGUGACUUUUUUAAGCUUGCUCCGUCCGAGGAAAAUAAUGAAUCCAGCUAAUUUUAUAAGCAAUACGGAUUCUCUCUUGACUUAAAUAUGUAUUUUAAGACGUCCCCUAUUUAACGUUGGACUACAUUACUGUCCGUGUCUCUCCCUAUGCACCAUUUUUCUAGGUCAAUUGCGGAGAGUGGCUGAACGGCAUCAUUACUGACCUUUCUGCACAUCGUUUAGCCAGCCUCACCGGUAUACGAGGAGGCAUAAGGAGGCAUAGGAGGCAUAUGUAAGUAGGUAUUGGUAUGUAAUGCAGAUCACAUUUAUCAUCCUCCUCCCUUACCUCUUCAAUGAAUAUCCCAUAGGCCUCUACAUUAUGGACACAGUAUGUGUAUGAAAACCAUUAUCAAAACCGUUUUUUAAAUUCACAUUCACCACAAAAAGUUAUGAAUUCUGUUGUGUGCAUCUUUUGUUAAUUAUCUAUAUAAUGUCUUUUGGGGGGGGGGAAUUCCCAGACUUUACCCUUCCUAUACCUGAAUAUAACAGGAAACAUGUUCAAUCACCAUGCACUGCAAAAUCAUUCUGGCUAUGGAUACGGAGAACAUAAAUAGAUUAACAUCAAUACGCCAGAGGAUAUACCCAUUGGACUUGGAGCUCUGCUGGGAGUUUAUCUCAUAUUUAGAUUUUUUUUAUUCUGCUUUUCCACUAAAAUCAUAAACACUGACAACUAAAAUAUUGUGUCAUUGUUAUACUUAUUAUUAUUAUUAUUAAUAAUAGGGGACGGGGGGGGUAGUUCAAAAAUGAAUCCCAAAAGGUUCUUUGAGGGUUCUUCUCAAAGGGUUCUUUGAGGAUCCAUUAAAAGGGGUUCUAUGAAGAACCCUUUUAAAGAGUUCUCGGAAGAACUUAUUCGGGUUACGCAUGUCUUGUAUUCAAGAUCCUAAAUGGCCUGGCGCCCCCUCCACUCAGUAUUUUUGUUAAACAGAAACCCCAAACAUAUGGCAGCAGAGCCACAAGGUUUGCCAUGAGAGGUGACUGUAUAGUUCCCUAAAGUAAAAGCACCUUUAGUAAAUCCGCUUUCUCCGUGAGAGCUUCCCAUGUCUGGAAUACACUGCCAUCAGACACGCAUAACUGCACCACAUAUCACACUUUCACAAAAUGCAUGAAGACAUGGCUAAAGGUCAAUCAGACUUGUGAUCAUAAUCCCUAGCUGUGUUUUGCCGCUUUCCAUGUUGUCUGUAGCUUGUGAGGAGUGGAAACACUUUGUUGCUUUUAUGAAUUUUGUCUUGCUGCUUUUUGUUCUAUGUUGCUCGGGCUGUACGCUACGUCUUGCUUGUCCUAUGUUGCUCUCACUGCUCAAUGAUUGGUUAUAUUGUAAUUGUUUUUAAUAUCCUGCCCAGGGACUGCGGUUGAAAAUUAGCCGGCUGACUAAAACCGGCACUUUUACUGAAACGUUGAUUAAUGUGCACUGUCCCUGUAAAAAUAAAAUAAACUCAGCUAAUGUAAACCCCAUACAGGCCAGAAGAGGGCCGUCUACCCCACGUACUUCACUCUUUAGAUCCUUCUGCCAGUACUGAAUAGGUCAUUUUGGAUGGGGAGAGAAAGAAGUUAGAUAAGGGUGGAAUAUGCUUUAAUUUACCACCCAUCAUCUGGAUACAAUAGAGCGAUUGGUUUAUGUCCUGAGGGAGCGGGCCUUCCCACUAAAGCACAAGACUGGGGAGGAGAAAAGACGGAAAAGUCUAAGUGAGAUCCUUGAUACUCUGACAACACCCCAUUGAAGUUGAAAUUUAAAACUGUUAGGUAAGGGCUGGGGUAGGUGUUAUGGUUAGGUUUAAGGGUAUGGAUGUCCCAAGGAACUCACUUAGCAUCAACCAAGAAAAGACACAAAUGUUCUAUUUUUUUAACAUCAAAGUAUGGCCUAAAUUUAGAGCUAGGAAUAAACUCUAGGAAGUGUUAGGGAAUCAAAAGGACAGUCUUCCUCUAUUCCAUUAAAAUAUAUAUAUUAUUUGUUUGUGUUUUUAGGUCUAUUGUUUUUAUAAUUCCCAUUAGACAUUCAUUACACAUUCCUAAAUGAAGCCCUGUUAAUCUUCUUUCUACUGAAUACCUUUGUUUUCCUUAUGAAUGGUUAUGUUACAUGAGACCUCACCUUUACAUGGAUAGUGAUCGAUGGCGUAGAUAAAGGACUCUGAAACCUUUGUUGGAAACUGUCUUAGCCUCGUACGAACCAUCCUGAUCUCGAGAGCUUAAAUUCUGUUUUGUUACAGAUCUGUGUAGCGAAACAGAAUGUGAGAUCAGGAUGGUUCGUACGAGGCUGAGUCUGGCAACUUUGUAAAACCACAGAGCUUCUGAUGCCAUGAGUCUCGGCACCACUCGCUCAGCCAUGGUUGACCUGGAGAGUAAAAUAAAUUGUAAUAUCUCGGCGACCAUACCCUGCUACAUUCAUGUGAUUGCCAUGCGUGUGCUCAGAGGUGUUAAAAUAUAUACGUAAAGCUUUUUAUAAUUCAGCCUCCGAUUUCUUCUUUUAAAUCUCAGUUAAUCCUCUUUUUCAUUGUCACUAUCACUAUUGAAAACAGUCACCGUUACCAAAAGCAGAGAGAGUGGAAAGGUGAAAUGUAGUUGAAAAUAUAAAAGCCUCUUUAAUUAUCACCCUGGAAAGAGUGUAAAAUCAUGACAAGUCCCCAUGAGAUGUUGUUAUUGUGUGGAGUGAAAUUAUUACCAACCGUGUCCCCAACCACUCUCUCUUAAGUGUUCCAGACCAUGUCCCCAAUACUAAGCUUUGGGUUGACUUUACCCCUAGGUAUAGGUCCCCUCUCCCAAUGCUAACCUUAAAGGAGCAAUCAGCAGUUGUUAAUCCAUUUUUGGAUGUAUAAUUUAAUUAUAUGCAUCCAUUGAUUCUUGAAGAAUGUAACUUAUAAAUGCUUCAUGAGCUUAGUUCAACUGUCAUACCCCAUCAGAACUCAAAAUACAAGCUUGUUUAACUCCAAUGUUUGUAAACAAAGUAAAUGUAAACAAACACUGUAUAGCCUCAAAAUAUAGUUAACUAUUUUUAUAUCAUGGAUGGUCAGUCCUUGCAUCCAUAGAAAAACAAUGGCAGGCAGUAAGCUUUGUUAUUUUUUUCAACAGCUGAUUGCCCCAUUAACCCUUUAGCUGGAAUAUGCUAAAUUUACCCAGUAUCAGCUUCUCGGAGCAACUUCACCCUCUACCAGGUAUUCCCAAACUGGGGUAGGGUGAAGGGGUAUGCGCAAUGCUGUCAGGGGGCGCCAAAUAAAAAUUGUGAUUCAUCUUUUUUUUUAAGUGUAUAUAUAUAUAUAUUAUUAUUAUUUUUGCAUUUUCAAACGGUCCAAUUAUAUUUUCCAACGGGGCUAUACAUUUGGGUGAGGUUUUUUUUCUCGCCUGAGUAGCCUCGUUACACUGCCAAAAAUCAAAUUAAACCACCUAGUGUUCAGCGAAAUAACAACACAAUGUCAAAUAGCCUUGUUGUUGUUGUCAUGUUGUGUUGCUACCAUGAUGUGUUGUCAUGUGUUGCUGCCUUGCUAUGUUGUUGUCUUAGGUCAAUCUAUAUGUAGUGUUGUCUCUCUUUUCGUGAUGUGUGUUUUUUUCCCCUUUAUCUAUUUAUUUAUUUUUUAUUAAAUCCCCGUCCCCGCAGGAGGUCGUUUGGCUUUUGUUAAGUCGUCAUUGUAAAUAAGAAUUUGUUCUUAAAAAACAUCUUAGGGCUAGGCGUCCCACUAGCGGGACAACUUCCGGUUAAACUGGAGGGCGCGCAAUUCAAAUAAAUAAUCAUAAGAAUUAUGGAUAUUAAACAUGUAGGUACAUACAAUUGUCUUAUCGGUUGAAAGCUUAUAUUCUUGUUAAUCUAACUGCACUGUCCGAUUUACAGUAGCCAUUACAGUGAAAACGUGCCAUGAGAUUGUUUGAGGACGGCGCCCCACAUCAAAUUAUUUUUCAACCGGCAGAGGUUUCAUAAAUUCACAAAUAGAUCAAAUCCUUCUUUAUAUCCUUAAAACUCGUUCAACAAGCAGAGAAAGGAAUCCAAAAAUCUACCGCUAUACUUUGUUAAAACAAGUCAAAAUAUGUUUCUAUUGACUCCUCAGAUACCCUAAAAUGUUAUCAAACUAUAAUAUUUCAUACGGAAAGAAGUGUGUUCAAUAGGAAACCGAUAUUAGCAGGUGCGUCUACCUCGGGCACCCAAACACGAAUUUCCAAUAAUGUGUCCCAGUACUAAAACUCAUUAUUCUUACUCGUUUUGGAAGAAACCAGCCUGAAACCUUGAACACAGAUAUCUGAGACCCUGUGAAAGCCAAUGGAAUUGCAUACUGGGAGCUAGAUUUAAUUAUUUCCCUAUACCUUCCAUUGUAAGAGCAUGGGCUCUCAAAAAAGAAAACUAUUCUGGUUGGUUUUUCUUUCGAUUUUCUUCUACCAUAUCUAUUGUUCUAUUGUGUUAUAGUCUCCUACAUUUAUUUUUAAUUAUUUUCUACAAACUUCAAAAUGUUUUCUUUCCAAUGGUACCAAUUAUAUGCAUAUCCUGGCUUCAGGGCCUGAGCAACAGGCAGUUAACUUUGGGCACGGCGGAAAUUGAGAAAGAAGGACUCUAGCCGGAAGUUUUUAAUUUUAACUGACUUGCCUAGUUAAAUAAAGGUUAAAUAAAUAAAAUUAACCGUCACUCUCUCACGGGAAUUAAACUAACGGCCCCGUAUGAAGCCAAACAUAGCUGCUGCUCAUGUUCUGUACUGAUGCUGCAAAAGCCAUGACAGGGAGACAUAGUGGAGUGGUAACGUCACUUGAGUGGGUUGAGUCACUGAUGUGAUCUUCCUGUCUGGGUUGGCACCCCCCUUGGGUUGUGCCGUGGCGGAGAUCUUUGUGGGCUAUACUCGGCCUUUCCUCAGGAUGGUAAGUUGGUGGUUGAAGGUAUCCCUCUAGUGGUGUGGGGGCUGUGCUUUGGCAAAGUAGGUGGGGUUAUAUCCUUCCUGUUUGGCCCUGUCCGGGGGUAUCAUCGGAUGGGGUCACAGUGUCUCCUGACCUCUCCUGUCUCAGCCUCCAGUAUUUAUGCUGCAGUAGUUUGUGUCGGGGGGCUAGGGUCAGUUUGUUAUAUCUGGAGUACUUCUCCUGUCUUAUCCGGUGUCCUGUGUGAAUUUAAGUAUGCUCUUUCUAAUUCCCUCUUUCUUUCUUUCUCUCGGAGGACCUGAGCCCUAGGACCAUGCCUCAGGACUACCUGGCAUGAUGACUCCUUGCUGUCUCCAGUCCACCUGGCCGUGCUGCUGCUCCAGUUUCAACUGUUCUGCCUGUGGUGAUGGAGUCUGAGGAGCCAGAGCUGAGGGAGUGUGAUGAAGCCUUUGAGUCAGAUGAAGGCAAUGUAGAGUCUUACCUGGAAGAGCCAGAGAGCAGCAGGGAGCUCCUGGAGAGGCUCAAAGAGCUGGAGGCUGAGAAUUCAGCCCUGGCCCUUGCGAAUGAAAGCCAGAGAGAAGCCUAUGAAAAGUGUCUGGAUGAGGUGGCCAACCAUGUGGUACAGGCCCUUCUGAAUCAAAAGGACCUGCGGGAGGAGUGUAUUAAGCUGAAGAUGCGUGUGUUUGACCUGGAGAGACAGAACAAAACCCUGACUGAGCUCUUUGCCCAGAAACUACACCCCCAGGCCAGCCAUCUGCAACAGAGCCCCACAGAGCCCAGCACAGAGCCCAGCACAGAACCCCUGACCAUGGACAGUGACAAAUUGCUGGUGUCCAAAAACCAGGUGGAACUCAAGAGCAAUGGGGACUGCACACAGAAUGGGUCAGCCACAUCGGCCCGGGCCACUGCCACCUCCAUGGAGGCCCUGUCUCCGUUUUUCAAGAAGAAAGCACACAUCCUAGAGGUCCUGCGCAAGCUGGAGGAGUCAGACCCACUCAAGUUCCACCCCUCCUCCUGCCUGUCCCCCCACCAUGACCUGGGCCAGGCGCCGGUCUCCAUGGAGAGAGACCAGAUAUCCCUGAUGUCCUCUGAGGCGUUACCUGCCCCACAGCGCCCGGUGGCACACUCAUUGUCACGCUGCCACCACUCCAGCUCUGACUCGGACAUUCACGAUUAUGCCAAUGGAGAAGGGGCUCUCCAGGAGGACCAUGCCCAGCUUCAGCAACAACAACACAGGAGAUGUCAGUACUGCCACAUACUCUCCCAGAAGAGCAGCCUGGACAGCCUGCUGAAGUGUGCCCAGGGCCACAGUGCCUCACACCAGGCCAGAGUGGAGAUCCUUAACAGGCAGGCCUGUGCAGAGGACCAGGGGGCAUCGGCACAGAGCACAACCCCUCCCCAAGCAGCGGCUCUUUCCCACCUCCUCUCUGCUGACAGCACAAACCAGUGCUACAUGCACAAAACAGCUUUGGACUUCCUAGAGCGCACUCCAGAAGGUCUUUGUUCUUCUGAUCCUUUCCUCUCCUUGCUAAUCCAAGCCAACCUCAACGGGAUGCUAGGGCAGGAGCCCAGGAGGUUACAAAAACACACAGAUGAGCAUCCGUCCUGCAAACCGCCACCUGUGCCCUCUCAUAGUGAGGAUAUAAAGCACAUAAAGGCUGUCAUGGCAACGUCGCAGAGCCAGAACGAGGACAGUCUGGAAGAGUGCUGCUACCUGGAAGUAGAGGCAGCGGCACACAAUGUGAACAACAGCCUGCACUCUUCUACCUCACACACAGACCAUGUUGAGACGGAACCAGGAUAUCCCAAGGAGCAGGAAGUGAGUGAUCAGAUCUGCAACGGGCUCUACUUCUCCAAUGAGACAUCCGUCUCCAAGAAGGUGGCGGUGGAAUCUUAUUCUCCAGCCCCAGUGCCUGAGAGGAACAGCUCAGCUCAGGCCCUGAAUCCCUCUGGGAAGAGCAAGCUUGCACUCAGCCCCACCUCUCCCUCUUCAGGUCUGAGUGAAGUCAAGCCCAUCUCUUCCCCAUCCCGGCUGCUCAAGUUCCUGAAGAUCCCUCCGGGGAUCAACCAGGCACAACCAGGCAACCCCCUCCGUCUAAGUCCCCAGCUCACCCGCAGCUCCAAGAUCCCCUGCAGGAACAACAACAACUAUGAGGUGUACCACUCUCCCAUCAUGACCCGCAAAGCCACCAACACAGAGAGGGAGAAGCAGCCAUCCUCAUCCUCCUCCAAAACAGACCCCUACCCUGCUACACACUCCGCCCCCACCUCCCCACCCAAAUCAGAGGACAUUGUGGACACCCCUCCCAUGGCCAAGGAGAUUGUUUUCAGCAGCCACUUUGCGCCCAAACCCAGCGACAGCACAAAGGCACCCCCCUCCUCUCAUGCACAAAGGGGCUCUCAGAAGGUACCCCAAUACGAGAAUGUCUGCCCCUCAGAUGGGACGCCCCAGUUCCUGGAGGGUCUUAAGAAGUCCCAGUACCUCCCUUACCCCCAACACGAGGGUCCUCUAGAGAAGCAUUGUCAGCAAGAUGAGAGCCUCCUCAGCCCCCAGUCUUCACAGCACCCUGACUCGUCCCCAGGGAAGGCUGACCAGGACUUCUCUGACCAGGACACUGACUCAGAAAGCCCCGUCUGGCACAAGCCAAACCAACACUUUAGCCUCCCCUCCUCGACCUCCUCCGCCGCCAGUAAAGCACAAAGUAGUCACCCCAGCUACUCCAGCAUGAGGGACAGGCACCAGGAGCACCGUGCAGCUCCAGAGCCCAGCCAACAGAACUGUGAACUUGCCCAGCCAACUCAGUCUUCAGCCAGGCGAGGUGACCCCAAGAGACUAGUGCAGGGCAAGACUUCCCAGAGUGAGUCCAGUCACCACCCCUUCAAAGAGCGCCUGGCUGCUUUGGGGAAACUGAAGAGCACAGAAGAUCUGCCAGUAGGUGCACAGUCUGUGGACAAGAAGGAUGUACAAAGUAACCUAGGCAAACCCCCCACCAACAAUAUCGAGAAAAGCAAGACCGCUGAAAGGCAAGUUGAGCGAACUGGAGCAGAGCAGCACAGAAAUCAGAAAUCCACUGAUUCCCUGGAUGGGAAGCCCUACCCCAAAACCAGCCUCGGCAGUCACACUAGGGUGAUAGGUCCAAUACAUGAAUCGGGCACCAAAUCCUCAGCCACCCCAUCAAUGAUACCCAAGGGAGAGCAGGAGACACUGUUUUCUCCCAGGAUAUAUGUAGCAAAAGCAGAGGGUCCAAAGAUCAAGAUGGGCACAUCAUCCUCCAACACAGAGACUCCUCCAGUGGUGCGGAGCUAUGGGAAAUGCCCCAUCACCCAGAGCCACCACAGUAAAACUGCCCCCAGCACACAAAACAGCCCCACUAAAGUCCCGUCAAAGUCCCCUUCAAAGGUAGGUCAAGCUUCCUCUUAUCCCAGAGGGGUCAAACCCAUUCCUGAGGACCGUGCCAUGGCUCAGAGAAACCCACUUCGGCCAGAGGACAAAACCAAGCUCCCGGCCGGCAAGAAAAAGACCUUUGGCCAUGCAGAGAGCUUCCCGCCUCCCCCUCUGCCCCCACGGCCGUCUACUGAAGCCAUCGCAAAAGAGGACAAAAAGCCGUACUCGUCUGGCCCAUCCGUGCUCCAGUCUGCCAUUGAGCAGAAGGUAAUGCGUGGCAUCGAGGAAAACAUGCUGAAGCUGCAGGAGCAGGACCAGGGCCCGGUAGCCGAGCCAAAGCAGAAGGCCUCCAAUGGCAUCGCCAACUGGUUCGGCCUGAGGAAGAGCAAGCUCCCCGCCCUCAACCGCAAACCGGAAGUGUCCAAGUUCAAGAUCAACAUGUCAUCGUCUGCCUCUGGCGGAGGGGCUAAGGACCCUAAGACAGGUGGUCCCCAGAAGGUGGUGGAGAGCCUGAAUAUCUCCAAGCUGAUGGAGAAGGCAGAGGACCUGCGGAAGGCGCUGGAAGAGGAGCGGGCAUAUGUGAACAGGGUCGGGAUGGACCGCUCUGGCAGAGGCCACUCAUGUGAGGUGGUGAUGGACCAGGCCCAAGGCCAACUGUCACUCAUGUGCAGAGGAUUGACCGCAGAGAACUUCAUGCAGCAGCUCCUCAACAGUCCCUCGACGUCUUGUUCUGGAAACAGGGUGGACGAGAGGGGAGCUAUACCUACCACCUUUGGAAUGACACACAGACGCCUCUCCUUUGACUCUAAGAGGUCGCGGCCCAACUUCAGUCACCAGAGGAACGGGAUCAGCCACACCAAGAGCAGGGACGAGAUAGCCCAGGGUUCGGUUAUGAUCUGCAAGGGUGAGGUCACAUCAGAAGACAGCUUGGCAGAGUCCAUUAGUGCUCAGCAUUUUACAGGUUCUGGGGCCUCCAUGUGCACCCUCGACAGUGGCAUUGGCACGUUCCCCAUGCCAGACUACGCCAGUAACAUGGCAGGGAAGAGCAUCCCUAAGGGGAAGCCACAGGAAGAGCAAGGGGUUUCUUGCUCCCAGGGUAAGCAUGGGGCCAUGAUGAAGGUUCCGCGUAAGGCCCAUACACUGGAGAGAGAGCUGUCAUCUCUGGAUGAAGUCAACCCGUUUGUCCUGUAUGGCUCAGGGCUGGAGGGAAACGGUACCAACAUGCACCAGUCCAGUACAAUCCACAAGGAUAUAGAUGCCUAUGGAGCUCAUAUACAAAAUCCCCUCACCAAGAACUGGACCUUUCCCAAUCUGAAAGGCUCUGCGGGAGCCACUGAUGUUUACCUGGAUGUGCAGGGAGACCUGGGGACCCCAUCCAGAAGGAGUUUGAAACAGUGUUCCCCCCAGCGCCCCCUGGCCACUGACCCAGGCAGCCUCCCCCUGCCACUCCAGACAGGGCUCAGCCAGCGGGGUAAGGGGCGGACGCCCAGCUCCUCAGAGGUGGGGAAGGACGGAGGGCUGGAGCUGGUGAAGGAGAGACCAGAGGAACUCCUGUCCCUGAGAGAGACGCCUGAAUCCCUCAGUGACUCCUUCUACGACAGCCUGUCGUCCUGUGGCAGCCAGGGCUAGGACCCAGGGACAGAUAGGGGAACAGAGGGAGAGAUGGACCAACCGACACCCUUUAAACCACGGCUAAUGAUGCACAUCCAUGCCUCCUUGUAAUGGUGGCCCAGCCUAUAAGGCAGACCAAGUUGAAGUACCUCCUUCCCUCUUCCACACACACAGCUCUCUCUGCUGACCCUGUCUACUUUGCUGAGAUUUGGUUAGUACUGCUGGAAAACUCACCCUCAGGUUGACUGAUGUUCACACACACACAUCAUUUGUGGAACUAGACUGAGAAUUGGGCACUGUUGUUCUCCAAGCAACAAGCAUCUGAUGACAGACCAGCUCAACUCAAAUGUGUACACACACCGACGAGAUGCAUGGGAAAAUAACACAUUCAAGACAGCCACACGAUCACCAUGGUCUGGAUAAUCUGAAGAAUUGUUGUUAAAUAAUUUAACCAGGCUCCUGAGGUCGGCCCCAAGAAGUGGCUGGUAUCAGGGGUUUUUCAAGUCUGUCCUGGAUGUGGACAUGUUUCAGUCUAGGAUAAUUGGGCAGCCAUUAAUGCCAGAAAACAACCACAUUUUACUGCCCACUAAAUAUGUCGCAAUGUGGGGAUCGACUACAAUAAACUUCCCUGUUUUCAGUUGUUUUUUUUGUUUUUUUUACUGUUGUGCUUUGUUACAUGUUAUGUAUCAUGUAAUUUUAAGUUAAAUAAAAAAGUGUGGGUAUGAAUGGAAGGAUGUGUGUAUGUGAGUGAGACUUAAUGCAGGGUUUCCACACUAGCUAUGACUAUGUCAAUGAGCUUCUGCCCGGGGAAAAGAAGUUCACACUUUCUCUGAAGCUGCCAUAUAGUGUACUGUUUCACAACCUACUGUAACACAUAGUGGCAGAUCAUGACAACAGCCAUUAUAUUACACUUAUGACCAGACAUUACCUAGUAUGUGUUAUGGACAAUGAAAUGCGAAGAAUCUCAACCAAGAGUCAAAUGUUUUACAUGUGUAUAAUCCAUUGUCAGACUGUUUUACGUAGUGAACCAUUCGUCAGGAAUAAUGCCAUUAUAACAGCAUUAUAUAGGCAGCCUGUGAAUGCGCCAUUAACAAUGAAGUUCUAAACUGAGCUGCUAUUUAAUACUCAAAAUAGUUUGACAAGCUGAAAGAGUGAGUAAGUAACACGAUCCAUCCACCUUUUUCUAUACUAUAAACUGAGUUGGCAUACAUGAGCCAGGAUUCAAUUUAAGACGAGUUAAAGAACAGCGUACUUUAACAGACUUUUUAAAGGUAAUUUGUGCUUAACCUGACAUGCACAGUGUUUCCCAUGAAUGCGACUUAUGUGAAUGUCUGGGGAAAAUGCCUUUAAAAGGCUCAUUGUCGGCUGUUUAGUCCACUGCUCUAUAACGCACCCUGUCAAAAAUCUUGUUUGGCACAGGUUCCAUAUUUAUCCUGCCAGAAACGAUUGAACCGAUAACUCUUACUUUGUCUGAAAUGCUCCACUAAAGCAAAAAGAUGGAUGUAGGCCUCCCUUGUGAAGAAGUAACGAUCCAGCCCCACUGAACAUAGAGUAGUUGCUUACUUCUGCAAUAUGGGCCAAUGUUUGCCUUUAACAGGCACAGACAGACACGCAUUCAAUCAAUUUACUGUUGUACAAUUAAGAAAGACAAAAUGUCUGUGCUAUAGGAAUGUUAGACAUGGAUCAUUGUACGAUCACCAUUGCUGUAGUGCAGAUGCUACACCAUGAUGUACACGCAUGGACUCCUCCCUCCCUCCCUCCCUCCCAGCCCAUGUACUUGAUUAUGUCCUCAUAAGUAGUUCCAUCCGCUUCAUAACUCCCCACAAACUUCUUCAGGGAUAAGACAUCCUUGUGCUUCCAAACUCUGCUUUCAGAAGCAUGUGAUCUUUCCAAACUGACACGGAUUUGACUUUUCUCGAGUUCACAUUUUUCGUAAUCCCACUUUGAACAUUGCUUGUCCUUCAGCCCCCCCCCCCCCCAUGGAAAUGGAGAUCUGACUGUUACUGUAUAUACACUUCUCUGUGAGAACAGAUAGAUUUGAGUUGAAGAGGUUGUCUUCCAGAAUAUGUGUUGCCGGUCCUCCCUUUCACCCCCAUCUCUGAAUCAUGGCUAAAUGAAAACAAGUGUGUGACAUGAAGCCCAAUCUCUUUUACAAUCAUCUCAUAAUAAAAAUGUUUCCAUGGGACAUAUUUAACACAAUCAUUUUGUCUUGGAUUACUGUGUUCUGCGUUGCGACCAAACCAUAUACAACUAAAUAAUAACUAACCAACUACAGUACUUCAGAUGGUAGCAUUUUUCAUUCCACCAGAUUCCAUUGGAAGUAACUGGGAGAUCCAUGGGUAGCUACAUGUUAACACCAUGGUAACACACGUCAUCUAUCUGCAGGGAAGCCUUUAUGGACUCCCUCUGUCAGUCAAACAUGGGUCUUAGCAACACCAUACACCUUAACUAUGGCAAUGCUGACCAGGAUGGAGUGGCAUAGAGGUGAAAUCUUUACUUAAUAUGUUUGCUUUAUGGACUCAAUUUAUCUCACUUAAUUCAAAGAGGUUGUUGCAGCUCUAUCUAUUUGUUGUAUUUAUUUAUUUAUUUUUGAGGGCAAAUCAUAAUCAGUGAACGUUUUGUUAUUGUUGAUGUCGUUGACAUUGUUGUUAUAGACGUUUUUAUUCUGAUACCGAUUUAUUUUUGUACUAUGCUCUUAUUUAAUUAAAGUUAUUUUUUUUCCAUGA